AUGUUACUGAAUGCAUUCGAGAAAGCUCCACUGGCUAUAUCUGAAGCUCUUAACCAGCUUCGAAUUACUGAUGAAUCAUACAAAGAGGUGUCACAUGCUUCUUCUCGAGACAUGUCCGAACCUACAUUCUGUCCGUGGAAAACGGUUGUCUCCACACCACAACCUGCUGAAGUAGAUGUAUCUUCUGGUAAAUCAGACACCCAGGACACGACCCCGAAUGUACAAACCUACUCGGCAAACAGUGGCCUCGAUCUUCUAUCAAACAUCGCGUUUCUGUCUGGGAUAAUCGAUUCUCCCACACAGUUUUCCUGUCCAUCUCCCAAAGAUGAAAAGCCAGAACAAACGCAGACGCCAAUUUCAGAGAUAUCUGUAACCGAAGGACGUGCUUUGCCAGAAGUAUCUCAUUCUCCAGAAAAUAUGGCCACUUCGUAUGACACAAGUCAGAAAAACGUGUUAUUGGACAAUUCGAAGGCAACAGCUAAUUACAAAUCAGAGGGCUCAAGUUUGCCAUCUGAAGCUUCUGCUUCAGCUACUGUGGCAAAGUCACAGUCUCAGAUUCAGUCAAAAAUAAACGAAGGAUCUGAUCGCAUUCAGAUGAGUCUUACGACACACAGUACUGUUGGUCAGACCACACAUGUCGCUUCAGGUCAUCAGUAUGUAAAUACCGUCGCAAACACAGCACAGCAAAUGUUUACGGCUACCAGUCAUUCUUCUAAUGGUCCGCUGUCACAUCCUGUAUUAGAUAAGAGAGACAGUUCUGGAACAUAUCCUAAUAUGCUUCAUAAUGGACCAGACACAAGCCAUGGAUACCCUUUUCCAUUGUUUCCAAACAUCUCCCAUAUUGCUGCUCAUAAUGCCUUUCAGUUUCCAUUUGCAAACAUCCCUCACAGUCAAGCCAGAGGACAGGUAUCUCCAGACGUGAAAGAGGAAAACAGACUGACUUUCCAAGUUCCUCCUUGGAUGUUUCCUGUGCCUACCAAUCUUUCGUGUCAUCCAGUAAACACUAUAAUGAAACAUCCACCAGUAUCAGUUCAGAACUGGCUGGCUGAUUCAAGCAGCACGUCGCGGAAUAACGAAACAACGGCCAGUACCUCUCAACAGUACACGGCAACACCAACGAUAACCAACACUUCGGCGACUGUGCCGACAUGCUUUACAUCAUCCAGAUCAUCACCCAUGUUUUUGUCACACCAAGCGCCAAGACCUAUCUUCACCGGAACAGUUCAAUCAACUCCGACACGCUAUACCUCGUCUGCACCAACUCCUGUGGUGAUUUCACGUGCCAAGGAAUCGUCCGUGUCUCCAGGAAGAGAUGAUAAAACAGUUCCUGGGUCGGGUUCGUCGGUGUUUCCUGAAUGGUUUGCUGCAAGCCUAUAUCCAAGCAGUGUCUACCAACAAACUCCGGUGAGGGCGGCGACUUCAGCAAUGGAUUCUCCUAUAUCGGACGUGGAUUCAGCGCCAGACUCGGCUUUCUGCAGUCCUGAUUCGUGUGACGACAGUUCACAUUCGUUAGACGUGACAAACAAUAGCAGUGACAGAUCUACGCCAUCUAGCGGCAUCCAAAGUGUAUCCAGUUCCAUUCAGAACAUAUCACCUGGUUCUAGCUCUGACCAUUCCAAUCAGUCGAGUUUGUCCGAAUCUACUUCGUCGAUUUUCGGAAGACCAGCGGACUCUGUGCCCGAAAGUCCAUCUCCGACAUCAUUUAACCAUGAGCUUCCUCUGUUUGAACAAAGCUUACCUGUAUCUACUCAGACUUUAGUAAAACGUGAACGAGCAAACCAAGAUCCAAACACUGCGACCUCUGCGUUGUUUGGCCAGCAAACAGUUGCGCCUGCUGUUUCUGCUCCUGAAAGGUCGGAAACGAGUGUUAUCUGUCCUGAUGUUACUGACCAGACGAAGAAGAAGUCUCGGACUAACUACACACCAGCUCAAGUUCGGUCUUUAGAACGAGUGUUCUUGGAUACUCCAUAUCCUGAAUCGCAGGUGAUGGAAGACUUGUCGAAAAAUCUCAAUAUUCCAGAACAAAAGCUGAAGGUGUGGUUCCAGAACAAACGGGCUCGAUGGCGAAGACGGGUUCAGGAGAACAAGGUCCCGCCCGUCCAUCCACUCUUCAUGACACCGCAGUCGGCCUAUGGUAUGAUGCGACCUCCGUCUGCACCAGGUCCCUUCUUCCCCUACCCCGGUCACCUGACCUCCUCCAGCACUCCUCGACCCCCCUGUCCGAGCUUCCCGCCCGCCGUACAGUGCCCCCCUCAGAUGAACUCCUACAUGUUGCAGCAGUUUUAG